AUGACAACGCCCCGAUUCGCUUCUUCGUGGCAAGUACGCGCCGAGGCCGGCGAGCCAUUCGCCGUGAUCCGCGUCCGCGACCUGCAGGGCACGCUCAAAGCCGGGACCGACGCAUGGGGCCGCCUGAACAAGGCGCAGCCCGUCAUUGUUUCGGCGGAGCUCUCAAUGGCGCAACCAUUUGACGGCGCCUCGGCGUCGGACACGGUCGGCGACGACACGGUGCACUACGGCCACCUCGCCAAGGCCCUCCUCGCCGGCCUGGACGCGGUGAACUCACUCGUCGAAAAGCGCGGUAGCCCCUUCAGCCUGUGGUUUGCGCUGUUGCACGUCUACGAGCACCUGGCGGGGUACCGUCUGGACCACAGCGAGCGGACGCCCGAGGACGUUGUCCGCACGAACCAGGGCGGGACCCUGCGGGCCCAGCUGGAGAGGGUAAGGUUCAUGGACAUCACGCUCACGCUGCCCAAGGGAUCGCUUCUGGGCGACGGCGUGAGCAUCUCGCGGGCCAUGGUCUUUGAGGCCGCGAAGCCGGUGGUCUGGAGCGAGACACUUAGGAUUCACGGACUGCGGGUGCCGACGCUCAUCGGCGUCAACCCCAACGAGAGGAAGGCGAAGCAGGUCGUCAAGACCGACGUGGAGAUUGAAGGGUACAGGAGCAACGCCGUGGGGGAAGACGACAUAUAUGUCGCCCUUGAGUCCGCUGUCGUCAAGACGCUUGAAGAGUCGUCCUUCGAGACCCUCGAAGCUCUCGGGCCCGCCAUCACUAGCAGCAUCAGGCGAGACCUCGCAACCUCUGGCGAGUCCUUUGGCCUUCCCGGCUGGGUGAUCAAGGUUGUCAUGGAGAAGCCGACGGCCAUCACCAUGGCCGCAGCCUCGCGCGUCGAGUACAGAGAACUCCCGGGAGCAAAACCUUAG